UAUCAAAAUAUUUAACUCACAAGUCAAGUUAUGUUUGAGGACGCUACCUUGUCCUGUUCUGAAGAAAUCUAAUAUCAUUUAAAGUGUAUAGCAGGACAAUGCUUUACCUUUAUUUCCUUAAUUAGGAGGGGGGGGGGGGGCUAAUGUUAAAUAGUCCUAGGCGUCACGCGGCGGACCGCCAUGCUCUCAGCGCCGCGACUACACUAAUACACACUUCAUCUUGACCUAAAAUGGUGGCGGGUUUCACCCCGUGGCUUCUGUCUGGGAUGCUGAUGUGUGGUCUGCUGCUCCACACGGGGUACCGCCGUGGAGCCAGUGUGAACACGCCCAGUAAGAAGCCCAACUUCAUCAUCAUACUGGCGGACGAUAUUGGCUGGGGUGACCUGGAUGCUCACAACAACACGCCAUACCUCACCUUGAUGGCUGAGCAAGGACUAAGAUUGACGGACUUCCAUUCUCCCGCCUCCACCUGCUCGCCGUCCCGCGCCGCCAUCCUGACCGGCCGCUACGGCCUGAGGAACGGCGUGACUCACAACUUUGCCGUGAGCUCCGUGGCCGGUCUGCCCCUGUCUGAAGUCACCUUGCCCCACCUCCUACAGACAGCCGGGUACUACACCGCCAUGAUUGGGAAAUGGCACCUCGGCCACAAUGGACCGUACGGUCCGACCAACAGAGGCUUUGACUACUACCUUGGUGUCCCCUACAGUAAUGACAUGGGCUGCACUGACAUACCCGGGUAUGAUUUGCCUCGGUGUCCUCCCUGUGACUCAUCAGGACAUCAGGUGAUCAGAUUGAAGAGCAGUGUGCAUGGCGGCUGCUCCUCCACAGUGGGCCUCCCUCUGAUGGAAAACAGCAGCGUUGUGGAGCAGCCGCUCGACCUGUGGACCCUCACGGGGCAAUACCAGUCUGCUGCGACCAGGAUUAUACGCCACGCAAGGCAGCGAGGACAGCCCUAUCUGCUCUACAUAGCGCUGGCUCACAUGCAUGUUCCCCUGGCCCCUCCCCUCCCCCCAGAUGCCUCCGCCACCAGCCGCCGCCCAGACGACGGUGAAGUGUACGCCGCAAGCCUGCGAGAGAUGGACAGCCUGGUGGGGGCAGUGAAGAGCGCAUCGGACGCCACAGACAAAGACAACACUCUCAUCUGGUUCACUGGUGACAACGGCCCUUGGGAAAAGAAGUGCCUGUAUGCAGGAAAUGUCGGACCUUUCGUGGGAAAGUGGCAGACCAGUAGAGGUGGAGGCUCAGCGAAGCAGACCACCUGGGAGGGAGGUCACAGGGUGCCAACAGUGGCUUAUUGGCCUGGGAGGAUCCCUGCAAACAUCACCAACUCAGCCCUGCUCAGUGGAAUGGAUAUCUUCCCAACCCUUCUGUCCUUGGCUGAGGUAACUCCCCCCUCAGACAGACGGUACGAUGGCAUUGACGUCACGAACGUCUUCCUGCGCGGUGAUAAGACCGGUCAUGAGUUUCUGUUCCACCCGAACAGUGGUGCUGCGGGGAAGUUUGGCGACCUGCAGACAGUUCGAACAGAGACACACAAAGCGUUCUACAUCACGGGUGCAGCUGAGGUGUGUGGCGGUGCAACAGGAAUGCAGCAGCUCCACGACCCGCCGUUGAUAUUUGACCUGGAGCGCGACGAGGCGGAGGAAACACCCCUGGACGUGGAGACGCCAGAAUACCGGGCGAUAGCGGAGAGUGUCGCCCGCGGGAGGGAAAUGUUGUUAUGGGACAUUGCCACCGACACGUCCGCGUCCACAGCAGACUACAGCACGGACGCGGCUGCCGCGCCCUGCUGUGACCCGACACAGGUGGUGUGCCGCUGCCACACACUAGGCUGAGGGGGUGGGGAAACCACACACACAUGCACACACACACACACACAGACAUGCACACACACGCACGCUCACAAUAGGCCAAAAGAGAAGCUCAAACAACUCCUUUUGAGGUGCUCAGCUUUUGUUUGCAAAGAGUUGACCAGUUGUGAGAUAAACGCAUUUAAAAAAAAAGAGAUUGUCAGACAGUAAAGACAAAACUACAAUUUUAAAACCGUUUGUUGUAGUGUAAUUAGAGAAUUAAUGAUUGUUAAUCUCCACAGCUUUAUUAUCUGAUUAGAUUUAUCCAAGUGUUUAAACGGUGUCAACAUAAAUGAUGCUAUUUAACAAAAGAACAAAUAGAAACGUGCAGAGGUUGAAUCACUUCUCAGCUUUAAUGAGUCUCUGGUGUCAUGUCCAGUAUUAAACAGCUCAACACAGCGUACAGGUGUCCUAGCAGCGCCACCUUUUGGCAAAUUGAAUGGUAUUACCAUGUUACUUAUAACAAUACUAUAUAAAAAUGUUAUAUAUACAUUAUACACACAAUAAAAAUCCUCAAAAUAUA